CUCAGGCAUGAUGGGUCAAGUUCGUUUCAUUAUCCCCAGACUAAUCAUAGGGUAUGAACACAACAAAAGAAACUCGGUUUCAAAUCUGUUUCUUCUCCGUGUUUCCGAUAAUAUAUUCAACGUUCAAGCAUUAACGUCAUCUUAUUCGGUCAUUAUUAGGGUACUCGUUCAGUUCGUAUGCGGCUAUAGUACCCUGCCCCUAUUUGCAUUUUUCACACAGAUGGGAAGUUCAUAUAAGAAGGCGAUAUUCGACGAACAUAUUCGCGAAGGGCUGGUUGGUUGGGCGAAGAAGGCGAAGAAGAAUAAGGGCAUCGGUUUCAAAAGGUCAUCCAAUGAGUCUAAACAAGUUAGUCCCAGGGAGGAGUCUCCACUGGUAUUUGAGAUGCAGAAGGUUAAUGCAAAGGAGUCUUCAUCUUCAUCUCCAGUAUGAGGAUGAAACUUGCAGAGAUUGG